CGGCGGCGGCGGCGGAGGCGUGGGAGCUGGAGAAGUUUGGGAGGUCGCAGGCAGUGCUGGGAUCCCCAGCCAGGCUAAAGCCUUGAGGACGAGGGGGCAAGCGGCCCCCUCACGGACGCUCCCCGGCCCUCGGCCGUCGUCUGGCAUCCUCUCGCUUGGAAGUUUAAGCUUCUAAAAUGUCAUCUAUCAAGCACCUUGUUUAUGCAGUGAUUCGGUUCUUGCGGGAACAAAGUCAGAUGGAUACAUAUACUUCUGAUGAACAAGAAAGUUUGGAAGUUGCAAUUCAGUGCUUGGAGACAGUUUUUAAAAUCAGCCCAGAAGAUACACACCUGGCAGUUUCACAGCCUUUGACAGAAUUGUUCACCAAUUCCAUCCAUAAGAAUGACAUUUUGCCCCUCUCCAUCUCAGUUCCUGAAGAUGUGGGGAAAGCUGAUCAAUUAAAAGACGAAGGCAAUAACCAUAUGAAAGAAGAAAAUUAUGCAGCUGCAGUGGAUUGUUAUACGCAAGCCAUAGAACUGGAUCCCAAUAAUGCAGUUUACUACUGCAACAGGGCUGCUGCCCAAAGCAAAUUAAGUCAUUACACUGAUGCAAUAAAGGACUGUGAAAAAGCAAUAGCAAUUGAUUCUAAGUACAGCAAGGCCUAUGGGAGGAUGGGGCUGGCCCUCACCGCCAUGAAUAAAUUUGAAGAAGCAGUUACAAGUUAUCAAAAGGCUUUAGAUCUUGAUCCUGAAAAUGAUUCUUAUAAAUCAAAUUUGAAAAUAGCAGAACAGAAGCUAAGAGAGGUAUCUAGUCCUACAGGAACUGGAUUGAGCUUUGACAUGGCUAGCUUGAUAAAUAAUCCAGCUUUCAUUAGUAUGGCAGCAAGUUUAAUGCAGAACCCUCAAGUCCAGCAGCUGAUGUCAGGAAUGAUGACAAAUGCUAUUGGAGGUCCUGCUGCUGGAGUUGGGGGCUUAACUGACUUGUCUAGCCUCAUCCAAGCGGGACAACAGUUCGCUCAGCAGAUACAACAACAGAACCCUGAACUUAUAGAGCAACUGAGGAAUCACAUCCGGAGCAGAUCAUUCAGCAGCAGCACAGAAGAACAUUCCUGAUUUGACCAGGGACUCUAGUCCUCAAACAAAAGGUUUAUGACUCUGAAGUAUCCACUGUAGAUAGUGUAGCCAAAAACAACAAAAAGCACCAUAUCUGACGUUUGAAAAUAAUAGAGGAAAACCUCUUGUGUAUAUUCUUAAAGAAUAUAUCUGUUUAGACAUUAGUUUUAACACAAAUAGACUUGAACAUUACGUGACUCUUUUGCGAAGAAAAUGAUCAACAGAUGUGUUAAGUGCUAAUACAGUACUGGGACAAGGGUCCAUUCAUUUUCCAACUUUUACCAUCAUAUUUGUAUAUUAGACUUCAUAUGGGAAUAUAUUUAUUGAACAGCAGGGCUAUUUAUUGGUAAGUUGUUUAGCUCCAGAUUCCCUUUGGCAAAGUUUUUUGAGAGGACAAUGACUUAAGUAGAAAGGUUUUUUUUGUGUGGGGGUUUAAAGAAAAAUAGUUGGCACAGAGUAUGUCAGGAAAGAAGCUUAUGAUCCAAAUUUAGAUAUGCUCCGUGCUGCCAGUAUUGAAUGCAUUUCACAGGUGUCAGUACUGUCAUUAAUGCUGUUUAUUCUGAUGACAGCGAAUCCUAAGAGCUAGUGGAAAGCAGCAUUGGUAGAGAUAUGUUUUGAAGAG